AUGCUAUAUACCGAUAGUGCCAUAUCGCGCCUUGAAAUACAAAAUGUCACAUUCUACUCAUGUUAUCGUGCCUGUAAUCACUAUAAAACACGUAAUUGUAUCCUAUACCAAAGGCCGAGGCAGUGCGGUGUCUAUGCGGACUUACGGCCAUUCCGCCCAGAUAGGCAUCACCUACAGUAUAUUGAUGGCACGGGAUGGCAUAUCCAUGUGCCGAGGUGGGCAAACUAUUUCGAGGGAUGUCAGAAAGCAGAGAUAGAGGCUGGGUCUCACGAUGAUCUCUAUCCAAUGUAUUUCGACGGUCUUAGGUGGGUUUACGGUGCAACGCGAUGGCGAUUGCACUGUCAGGGCUGCAAUGAUAUACGAGAGAUUGAAGCCCAGUAA